AUGGAGAUAAGCUGUGAAGACCUGGGAAAAGGUCCAGGUAUUGCCCACUUUGAAGAGUUUCCAAGAGGGGCAGCACCACAAAAUGUUAACCAGCAAACCCAGGAGCGGCCGCCACAGCAGAGGGUGAGCCAAUCUGAAGAAUUCCUGAAGGACCUCCAGCCCCCAAAGCUGACUCUGGAGAAUCCAGGAUUCACAGAGCCCAUAUUGUCGGAAGAUGAUCCUGAAGGGUUCCUGGUCUCCUUUGAGAAAGUUGCCGAAGCUUGUCAAUGGCCGAGAGAAGAGUGGGCAGCCCGGCUUGUGCCGGCCCUUGGCGGAGAAGCAGCAAGAGCCUUUAGAAAGCUGGCUGCUGGCGACAGAGAGGACUAUGGGAAAGUGAAGGCUGCCAUCUUGCAAGGGGAUGCAAUCAAAAUGGAGGUCCAGCGCCAGUGCUUCAGGCAGUUCCGCUUCCAGGAGGUGGAAGACCCGCAGAGGGCAUAUGGCCAGCUCCGUGAGCUUUGUCGUCAGUGGUUGAAGCCAGAGAAACACACCAAGGAGCAGAUCCUGGAUCUGGUGGUCCUGGAGCAGUUCCUGGCCAUCCUGCCCCAGGAAACCCAAAAGAGGAUGGAGAAAUGUAGCCCAAAAGCCUGCGCCCAGGCAGUGGCCCUGGCAGAAGACCUCCUGAGGAACCAUCAAGAGGCCAAGAUGUGGAGACUGGAGGAGCCGUUGCAGAAGAUGACCCAGAAUUUCUUGAGAGCAGAGGAGAUGGCGGCCCACUCCGCCGAGAGAGAGAUCUGCAAGGAAGCCAAGCAGCAAGGUGAUGGUGGUGCCAUGCUUCUAUCCAGCAGAACAGCAUCCCAAAGUGUCUCUGCUCCCUUGCAUUGCCCUGAUGGAUCAGAGUUGGCAGAAGGUGUCUUGGAUGAGGAGGACCAGUGGUCUUCCCCAGCCUGGUUGGACAAGAAAAAUUAGUAUAUCUCCCAAACUCUGAGCAUAAAGAUACAUUCCCAGGCAGGAGCAUGAACAGGAAGGAAACUGAAAAUUCUCAGCAAGGAAGCCCUGAGCGACAAGGCCCAUCUGUGAUACGAUUAGGAGAACCCCAGGACACUGUUCCCUUGAGUCCUGGUGUUUCCCUGAGUCCUGGAGUGAUGUGGCCUCAAAUGAGUGACCGAGGGACGAAGCAGGGAGAGCCGUUUCUGCAUGGUAUGAGCCAGGAGUUUGCAGAAGGAAUCGCAGAUCCACCACAAGAGAAAAAACUCCGUCGCGGGUCCAGAACUUGCUCCUCAAACCUUGCUCAGCAC